AUGAAUAGAGAUCACCCAAUUCUGCUCGGCCACCUCCUUUCGAUGCUCAACUGCUCGAAGCCACAGUUUCCAAGCUCGGCCACGUCCUUUUCGAUGCUCAAAAACUUUAUUCCACGGAGCUCCGGUGGCAGAAUCACCCAAUUCUGCCGUUUGAUGGCCUGGGAGGCGCUGGAGAAGAGUUUUGAGGCGGACAACAAGCUGGAACCGGAGAGGAAGGUGAGGCUGGCACAGGAGCUCGAGCUCCAGCCGUGGCAGGUCGCCGUGUGGUUUCAGAACCGCCGCGCGCGGUGGAAGACCAAGCAGCUGGAGCACGACUACGCCGCACUCAAGGCUAGCCACGAUGCCCUCCGGCUCGACUGCGACGCCCUCGUCCGCGACAAGGAUUCCUUGCUUGCAGAGAUCAAAGAGCUGAAGGCCAAGUUGGCAGAGGCGGAUCCAGUAGCACCGGAGGCCGAGAAAAAGGCGAUUGCGGCGACGGAUGAACCACCUGCGGAAUCCCUGUGGAAAAGAAUCGGUUGGAGACUGAGAGCAGAAGAAGAGCCCGGAGGCAGGAGGGGAGGGAGGAGAGGGAGGGGAAGAGUGAGAGGGUACUUCGCCUCCGACCUUGUCGAAGAAGGAGAUUGA